AUGAGCAAGCAAAAAGGUAUUGAAUCCAAGUCAAAAAGCGAUCCGGUUGGUGCUGCCAAUGAUGUGUUAAAAAUCAAGGAUGUUCUCGAAGCUGACGGGGAUCUUUGGUUCUCGAACAAUCUCGUUUCUGGCACUGGUGAUGAUGAGCAAGUUCCGUGGGGACAUGGCGCAGAGUUCAAGCCUACCCCGGCUGCGUUGGGCAAUUAUCUUUCUGGCUAUGCAUUAAUCCCGGACUCUUUUAAUGGUUUCAAGCUAAACCGCUCUAUGGUUUUCCGCACUGAAGGCAGCAAGUCCGUCAAGGUUCCGUUUUACGUUAAUGCGAAUUAUGAUGCCGAUAGCAUUGAACGCGUAGUUCUUAUCUGGCCGGGCCAAUGGCGCGAUUCAUGGAAAUACAUCAAUAUAAUGGGUAAUGCUCAGAGAGUGGCCGAAACGCACGACCAGCUGAACAUUGACAAGAGCAAAAUUCUCUUAAUCUCUCCGAUGUUUUUUAACCAGAAAGAUGCUGACUCUGGCGCGGCAGGAGACGAUGAGCUGUACUUCAAAAAUGCUGGCUGGGCCGUUGGUGAUACAUCGCGUGGUCCUUCUGGCUUUACAAAUGUGAGCUCCUUUGAAGUAAUGGACUUUUUCUUGGACCAUAUCUUUGACAAGAGUAAUUUCCCGAAUGUAAAGCACGCAGUCAUGGCCGGUCAUUCUAUGGGCGCACAAGCCACGCAGCGCUACGCGCUUUUUGGCAAGCCAAAGAAGGCAUACCGAGACAAUAUCAGUUACUGGAUCGGCAACCCGGGCUCUUAUACCUGGCUUGAUGAGAAGUACUACAACUCCAGCUCUUCGUGCGAUUCGGCCAGCAAGUGGCCAUUUGGUUUUGAUCACGCGCCAAAAUACGCAGAGAAGAAGGCCAAAAAUAAGGAAAGCACCAUUUCCCGCUAUGGCGAUCGCCGCAUCCUUUACUCGUUUGGUUUAAAUGACAAUGGUGGCCAAAGUGAUCGGUGCGCACCGAACACGCAGGGUCCAAACCGUCUCGCACGAGGUGCACUCUACGUAAAGUCGCUCAAGAGCGUUUUUGGAGACUUUCCUAGCAAUCAACUCGUCGAUUUUGUGGAAUGCGUGUCUCACCAAGACUACCCCAUGAUGGCCAAGUUUCGCACCUUGGAGUUUGUUUUCAGCUCGCGUACGGACUAA